AUGGGAGGCAUCCAAUGUACCGAUGGCACUCGCAAACCGGCCAAGAUAGUCUUACUCGCUGGCGCCGACCUAAUCCAGAGUCUCGGAUCCUCUAUCUGGGAUUCAAAAGACAUAGACCACAUGUUGGGCAAUUUCGGAGCCUUUGUCCUCGAACGGACCGGAACUGAGCUCGACUCAGCGCUGGCAGCAUUGAAGCAAUGGGACAAAAACAUCCAUGUUAUUCGACCGGUUGUAUCGAAUGACAUCAGUUCCACCAAAGUUCGAUUACUUUUACGUCGUUCAAUGUCCAUUGAUUACUUAAUCCCUGACGUCGUCAUCGAUUACAUACAAGAGCAUCAUUUAUACCGCGACUUAGACUUCGCCAAACCCAGCAAAGAGAAGACACUGGCCACCGCGGGACCAUCCCCUAGCUGA